GCCCGCCCGCUCCGUUGGAGCGUCGAACGUCUGUUCGCUGCAACGGAGCCAUUUGAAGUGGAGCUCGAGCUUCAGGUGAAGGAGUGCGCGUUCGGCAGGGAACGAGAGAUUUCAUCGGCAGGAGCUGCGGCAGGCAGAUUGACCGAUCGAUCGAGCGAUUUGGCGUGCGAGUGAGUGAGGGAAAGAUUGGAGCUAUGGCGGGAGCAGCAGGAGCGCUUUGCGCAGCCGCCACCAGCAGCUGUGCGACCACUGUGAGAUUGGGCGCCACAGCCAGCGCUCGUCUAGUAUCGUCGUCCUCUGCCGCUGCUUCUUUCGCUCCUCAGCAUUACUUCGGUGGGCUUCGUCAGUCCAGCUCCCUUCAUGCCUCUGGCCCUGCCCGCCUCAGAGUCGCCAAUGUGGAAGGCUCUUCUCGCUCUUUCACCUCUGGUGUGAAAGCUCAGGUUGCCACCACCGAGACAGCUGCCACAGAGACCUCCAAAUUGGUUGAGGCUCCAGUAACCAUAGUGACAGGAGCGUCCAGGGGAAUCGGCAAGGCUGUUGCACUUGCUUUGGGUGCAGCUGGUGCCAAGGUCUUGGUAAACUAUGCACGCUCCGCCAAGGAGGCCGAAGAUGUCGCUAAACAGAUAGAGGAACUCGGUGGAUCAGCAAUCGUGGUCGGAGGAGAUAUGUCUAAGGAAGCCGAUGUCGAAGCCGUUUUCAAGGCUGCAGUGGACAAGUGGGGCACAGUUGACAUUUUGGUCAACAACGCAGGUAUCACGAGAGACACACUCUUGAUGAGGAUGAAGAAGUCUCAGUGGGACGAAGUUAUCGAGCUGAACUUGACCGGAGUUUUUCUCUGCACACAGGCAGCUGCCAAGAUCAUGAUGAAGAAGAGGAAGGGACGAAUUAUCAAUAUUUCAUCUGUAGUCGGAGCGUCUGGAAAUGCUGGUCAAGCCAACUACGCCGCUGCAAAGGCAGGUGUGAUCGGGUUCACAAAGAGCGUUGCGAGGGAGUACGCAUCGCGAAACAUCACUGUGAAUGCUGUGGCACCUGGAUUCAUCGCAUCUGACAUGACAGCCAAACUGGGAGCUGAUAUCGAGAAGAAAAUCAUGGACACCAUCCCACUUGGAAGGUAUGGGCAAGUAGAAGAGGUGGCUGGAGCUGUGAAGUACUUGGCUCUAGAUCCUUCUGCAGCUUACAUUACAGGCCAGUGCCUUCACAUCAACGGAGGUAUGCUCAUGCCUUGAAAGAACGUAACUUGUUGUCGUCAAAGAGGAAAGAGGUUUGCACGUGCUGCGUCAUCUAUUGAGAGGGAGUCUUACCUUCCGGCGAGGAAGUUACACACUUCGAAGAAUCCUGAAGGACAACUUCACGGGAAAGAUCAAUUUUGGAGAAAGUAGACUGACGGACGUAGGGUCAGCUAGUAUCGUCUUCUCUCAUUAGACUAGUUGGUACCAUUGUACUGUCAUACACCCGAGUAAAACUUGGUCAUGUAUUAGGAACUAGCCAUUAUUACUUGUGCUAUUGCACGAAUGUAUUUGACCGGUGCCGCGAACGAACCUUUUCUUGGUUUCGAGUACAAUUCCUUGUGUUAAUCUACAUUCAGCGCCCAUGAAUGGUGCAAAAAGUAUUGAAAC